AGUAUGGUAAGUGCCCAGAAUUCAGAAGUUGCCAUGGUAGGGACGCUAGUCUCCCAGAAUUAACUCAAAAUACUUAAAUUUAAGCUUUGACUUUUUGUAUGUGAGAACAUGAAGAAAGGUAUUGCAGAGCAGUUAUGUUGCAGAAUGAAAUGGGACCAGGAAAGGUGGAAGAGUAGCUAACCAGAAUUGCUAAUAUUAAGCAGAACAACAGAAGAAGGAUGGAAUGUUCAUUGACUGAUUUAGAGCGCUAUGGGUUGCAGUACAUCAGUUCAAACAAACAGUCCAAGAACAAACCCAAAGAGAGGAACAGAGUUACAAAAUACCAAUUAUGAAAACAAUAAACGAGAUGGAACCCCAGGAACUGAUGUGAAACCAUCCAACAUUGAAGAACCACAGAAUACAAAAAACUAUUGUUCAGUUCCACCCUCAGAAAAGCCAAACUGUGAAAGGGAUGCUGCUCAUGAAGAUGUAAGCAAAAGUCCCAUUGGACAAGAAGGUAAUGAGAACCCUGGAUCGGGAUCAAGGGACCAAUCAGAUGAAGUGGUAGGUGCAGGUGGUGGAAGCCAUGUUUCAUCUGGUGGAAUCGUGGCAUCAUUGCCGUCAUCUGAUGUGUCUCCAGCAGAGAGUCCAUCAAGAAAACUUGAAGGGACACAACCACCUGAGCAACUUUGGACCAAGAUACAGCAAGUCGAUCCAAGGUGACACCCGAAAAUAGGACCAUGGUUCAAGAAAAUAAAAGUGCAAGUCCUGUAGGCUCUUUGAAUUGUCAUGGUGUCAACAAUGACAGUGUUCAAAGUCAGUCAGCAGUGAGGGAAUUUACAAGUCAGGAUAUGGCAGAAAAACAAACCAAAAAUCAGUCAGAUGCCAUGGAUGAAAUUAAUGGAAAAACCGAAAUUGUGGAGUCGUUCAGACAAGUUGAAGUGAGUGAGACAAAUCUUGACCAAGGACAAGUCGUGAAUGCAGGUAUUCCAAGCCUCAACGCAAACACUAUCCACCAAGAACCACCGAACCAAAUCCCCAACCCACCGGACAACAACGAGGCUGACAGUGUCAGCCAAUCACAAGCAGUGAUAGAGCAGGAGGCAGGCGACCAGUUAGAGGCGCACCAGGCAAGGUUCAGUCAGGGUAUGAGGAGCUAUUGUAGGCUGGUCGAUCCCAGCUGGCUCCUGGGACUGGCCAACCCUCACGUCCGAAGUCUCACCUUGGAAAGAGCCCCGGCAGGCUUGGGAUUUCCCUUCCGACAGCUGCUGACAAGACUCACUGGAAUUACAGAGUUGAAUUUAUCGGGUAACCAGCUGGGUCCUCAAGCCUUCCGAGUCAUUACUCUAGGGAUGUGCCACAACAAGACCAUCAAGACCUUGGACAUCUCCAACAACUGCACUGACACAGACAGUUCUGAAUGCCUUGGGAAAAUGCUGAGUGCGAACUGCACCUUGGUCCGUCUUGAUGUCUCCAGUAACCAGCUGGGCAGAGAUUUCUUCUCCCGUUGCAUUGGGCCGUCGCUAGGCAGCAACACCACUCUUAAGACACUGAGGGCAUCAAGCUGCGGCUUUACAGACCUUGAUGUAAUGAUGGAUAAUUUGACCCGUAAUGGAACACUAGAAGAGCUGGAUGUCAGUCAUAACCAGAUGAGAGACAGCAACGUGUUUUCAUCUAAUUUAAAAGCAGUGCUACAGUCUCCGACUUGCCGAUUGAGAUCGUUUCACCUAAGGAACUGUGGCCUCCAAACGACUGCAUGAAACUACUAACUGAGGCAUUGAGGGAUAAUACGACACUAGAGAAGCUGAAUGUUGGAGGAAACAAGGUAA